UCCCUUCGCUGGAAGAAGCCCUGACGUCACUUCGGUGGCUCGCGUUCGUUCGUGCUCCCCCCCCCCUUUCUCUCUCUCUGAGCCGAAGCUUUUCGGUUCCAAUCGGGCUUUGGCUGUUUCGGCUGCGUGGAAUCCAUGGUUUGUCGGGGGAACUUUCCGCCGCGUCUGUGAAGCCAAAAGGCAGCUCUCGCCCCGCCGCGGCCAGAAGAGCGACGAAAAGAGGCGAGGACAAGGCUCGCGGAGGGGAAAGGAUAACUUUUUUGGGUGGGGGGACGGGAGGUGGUGGUGGUGGUGGGUCCAGGCUUGUCCCGAUGCAAGAUGCCCGGCACCCGCGCUUUGAUCUUCGUGCUCACCUUCCAGAUCUGCUCCUUGGAGACCGAAACGCCGACAGCUGGCUGCACAUUUGAAGAAGACGGGGACCUAAAUCAGUGUGAAUACAGCCAAGGUGUUGAAGAUGACUUUGAGUGGGAGUUGAUCCGAAGCUACCUUCUUCCCCAUCUGACCUCUGAUCUUCCUCAUGGUUCUUAUCUGAUGGUCAAUUCCUCCCAGCACAAUCCAGGGCAGAAAGCACAAAUCCUCUUCCAGACAUUGAGUGAAAAUGACACUCACUGCCUUCAGUUCAGCUACUUCAUGUACAGUCGGGAUGGGCACAGUCCUGGGACUUUGAAUGUCUUUGUCAAGAUGAAUGGAGGGCCACUGGGAAGCGUGGUGUGGAAUGUCUCUGGCUCCCAUGGUCGGCAAUGGCAUCAGGUGGAGCUCGCCGUCAGCAUGUUUUGGCCCAAUGAAUACCAGGUAUUGUUUGAAGCAGUCGUUUCCAAUGAGCGGCAUGGCUACUUGGGAUUGGAUGACAUCCUGCUGUUGAAUUACCCCUGCUCUAAAGCACCUCAUUUUUCCCGCCUGGGUGAUGUGGAGGUAAAUGCUGGACAGAAUGCCACUUUUCAGUGUGUAGCGGCCGGCAAGGCUUCUGAAACGGAGAGAUUCCUCAUGCAGAAGCAGAAUGGGGUUGUCAUUCCCACCAUCUCAGUGAAGCACAUCAGUCACAGAAGAUUUCUGGCUACUUUUCAAUUGGAUCAAGUGUUAAAAGGAGACCAGGACUUGUACCGCUGUGUGACUCAGUCUAGCAGGGGCUCUGGGGUCAGUAACUUUGCCGAGCUGAUCGUCAAAGAGCCCCCAACACCCAUCGCACCCCCACAGCUUUUGAGAGCCGGUUCAACAUACUUAAUCAUCCAGCUCAAUACCAACUCAAUCAUCGGAGAUGGUCCUAUCGUAAGAAAAGAGAUUGAGUACCGGAUGACUUCUGGACCUUGGUCUGAAGUACACGCUGUGAACAUGCAGACCUAUAAGUUAUGGCAUCUUGAUCCCGACACAGAGUAUGAAAUCAGCGUCCUGCUGACCCGGCCAGGAGAUGGUGGGACUGGCAAACCCGGACCUCCACUCAUCAGUAGGACAAAGUGUGCAGAACCUAUGAGGGCCCCCAAAGGCCUUGCCUUUGCAGAGAUCCAAUCCAGGCAGCUGAUCCUUCAGUGGGAGCCUCUGGGUUACAACCUGACACGCUGUCACACAUAUACUGUCACACUCUGCUAUCGCUAUGCUGUAGGCACUGGCCAUAACCAGACCUUUCGUGAAUGUGUGAAGAUGGAGCAUGGUACCAACCACUACACCAUCAAGAACCUUCUGCCUUAUAAAAAUGUCCAUGUCAAGCUCAUCCUGUCCAAUCCUGAAGGCCGGAAAGAAGGCAAAGAGAUGAUAUUUCAGACUGAUGAAGAUGUCCCUGGAGGCAUAGCUUCAGAAUCCCUCACAUUCACUCCUCUUGAGGACAUGAUUUUUCUGAAAUGGGAGGAGCCGGUGGAACCCAACGGUCUCAUAACACAAUACGAGAUCAGCUACCAGAGCAUUGAAUCCUUUGACCCAGCAGUCAAUGUUCCCGGCCCACGACGCACCGUCUCCAAGCUUCGGAAUGAAACUUACCAUGUUUUCUCCAACCUUCAUCCCGGGACAACCUACCUUUUUUCAGUAAGAGCACGAACUGGCAAGGGCUUUGGUCAAACUGCUCUGACUGAGAUCACCACCAACAUCUCAGCACCUAGUUUUGAUUAUGGAGACAUCCCUUCGCCACUGGAAGAGUCGGAUAGCACCAUCACUGUUCUCCUGCGGCCAGCACAGGGCAGGGGUGCCCCAAUCAGCACGUAUCAAGUCAUUGUGGAAGAAGACAGACCUAAAAAGAUCAAGCGGGAGUUAAGUGGCCCCGAAUGCUUUCCAGUGCCACUCACUUUUGAUGACGCCAUGUCCCGUGGCUUGGUUCACUACUUUGGAGCGGAACUGUCCCCAGGCAGCCUCACAGAAGCCAAACCCUUCAUUGUAGGGGACAACCAAACCUAUAAUGGCUACUGGAAUCCUCCACUUGAACCCAAGAAAGCCUAUCUCAUCUACUUCCAGGCUAUGAGCAAUCUCAAAGGGGAAACAAGGCUGAAUUGUAUCAGAAUAGCUCGGAAAGCUGCCUGUAAAGAAAGCAAGCGUCCCUUGGAAGUUUCCCAGCACUCAGAGGAAAUGGGUCUCAUUCUGGGCAUCUGUGCUGGAGGACUGGUGGUGUUGAUCAUCCUCCUUGGGGCAAUCAUCGUUGUCAUUCGGAAAGGGAAACCUGUCAACAUGACCAAAGCCACAAUCAACUAUCGCAAUGAGAAAACGCACAUGAUGAGUGCAAUUGACCAGAGCUUCACAGACCAGAGUACCCUUCAGGAAGAUGAGAGGCUGGGAUUAUCUUUCAUGGAUACUCACAAUUAUAACAACAGAGGUGAUCAACGUUCCAACAUCGUCAACGAGUCCAGCAGCCUAUUAGGGGGGUCCCCUCGAAGGCCGUGUGGACGCAAGGGCUCCCCCUAUCACACUGGACAGCUUCACCCUGCUGUCCGAGUGGCUGAUCUUCUCCAGCACAUCAAUCAAAUGAAAACAGCAGAAGGGUACGGCUUCAAGCAAGAAUAUGAGAGUUUCUUUGAAGGCUGGGAUGCUUCAAAGAAGAAAGAAAAGACCAAAGGGAGACAAGAUCACAUGCCCACCUAUGACCGACACCGGGUUAAGCUCCAUCCACUUCUUGGUGAUCCCAAUUCUGACUAUAUCAAUGCCAACUACAUUGAUGGCUACCAAAGGUCUAACCACUUCAUAGCCACGCAAGGCCCCAAACAGGAGAUGGUCUAUGAUUUUUGGCGGAUGGUGUGGCAGGAACACUGUUCCAGCAUAGUGAUGAUAACAAAGCUGGUAGAAGUGGGAAGGGUUAAGUGCGCCAAGUAUUGGCCAGAUGACUCAGAGAUGUAUGGAGACAUUAAAAUUACCCAGAUGAAAUCAGAGACUCUGGCAGAAUACGUGGUGAGGACAUUCGGCAUGGAAAGGAGGGGCUAUUCAGCAAGGCACGAAGUAAAGCAGUUCCACUUCACGUCAUGGCCAGAACACGGGGUACCCUACCACGCCACGGGUCUGCUGGCAUUUAUUCGCAGAGUCAAAGCUUCUACACCUCCUGAUGCAGGACCCAUAGUUAUUCACUGCAGCGCUGGCACUGGACGGACUGGUUGCUACAUUGUCCUGGAUGUGAUGCUGGAUAUGGCUGAGUGUGAAGGAGUUGUAGACAUUUACAAUUGUGUGAAGACUCUGUGCUCACGGAGAAUCAACAUGAUUCAGACUGAAGAGCAAUAUAUCUUCAUCCAUGACGCCAUAUUGGAAGCUUGUCUCUGUGGAGAGACCAGCAUUCCCAUCAGUGAGUUCAGACCUACAUACAAAGAGAUGGUUAGGAUAGAUCCACAGAGCAAUUCAUCUCAGCUGCGGGAGGAAUUUCAGACUCUGAAUUCUGUAACACCCCACCUGGAUGUGGAGGAGUGCAGCAUUGCCCUUCUACCACGCAAUCGCGAAAAAAAUCGGAGUAUGGAUGUGCUGCCUCCAGACCGGUGCCUCCCUUUUUUGAUCUCCAUGGAUGGAGACAGCAACAACUACAUCAACGCGGCCUUAACUGAUAGCUACACCAAGAAUGCUGCUUUCAUUGUAACCUUGCACCCCCUACAAAACACCACAACAGAUUUCUGGAGGUUGGUAUAUGACUAUGGGUGCACCUCCAUCAUUAUGCUAAACCAGCUCAACCAGUCCAAUUCUGCCUGGCCUUGUUUACAAUAUUGGCCAGAACCAGGUCUCCAGCAAUAUGGGCCCAUGCAGGUGGAAUAUAUAUCUCGGUCAAGUGAUGAAGAUGUUGUAGCCCGUCUUUUCCGGGUGCAGAACAUAACACGGUUACAGGAAGGACACUUGAUGGUCCAGCACUUUCAGUACCUGCGGUGGUCAGCCUACAGAGAUGUUCCAGAUUCGAAAAAGUCUUUCCUGAAUUUAUUAGCCCAAGUAGAGAAGUGGCAAGGAGAGAGCGGCAAUGGCAGGACCAUUGUCCAUUGUUUGAACGGAGGUGGACGGAGUGGUACCUUCUGCGCCUGCACCAUGAUCCUGGAGAUGAUCAGGUGUCACAAGCUGGUGGAUGUUUUCUUUGCCGCAAAGACCCUUCGCAACUAUAAGCCAAAUAUGGUCGAGACCUUUGAGCAGUACCACUUCUGCUACGAUGUAGCCCUGGAAUAUCUGGAUUCACUAGAGACCAGAUAGCAUCUUGUCCAAGCAUCCCAAAGUUGCCAGCAGAGCAGAGCCUAUACAAACUCAACCCAUGUACACAGUGUUGUGCAUAUGCCAGCCAUGAGUUUGAUACCUGCGUGUCAUUUCUAUGUAUAUGGAUACUGGUGUGCGGAACGGGCAUCCCCGGUGGGUCUCCUUGUGACCGCUAAGACUCAUCGGCUGGAAAGAACCCAGCACUACACAGACAGCAGACAACAAGCAAAAUCCAGCCUCUGUCAACACGGCCACAGGAGAUUGGAAGAAGCAAUGGGAUUCCUUCUGAAAGCUAAGAUGCUUUCUGGGCAAAAGGGAAAAAAAAAAGAGCCUCAAUCAGCUUGCAGUUGGUCAUUCUUUGGGAAAGCAACGUGGGACUCAAAAGCUCAUUGGACUUGUACAGUUUUCAUUCUGUCUUUAUAGCCACCUCUUUCGUGUCUCCAAAUGAGUGCCUGCCUCCAAAGAGAGUCUGUAAAUUUUCCAUGUGGCAGGAAAACUGCUGUUAAAAACAGAACAAAACCCCGUCAUCUAAGUGGAAGGAAGCACCCGUGCCUCUUUCUUUCCAAUUGAGGUGUUCAGAUAUUCUUCAUAACCACCGUAACUGUACACCUGGGUGUUUUGUUCCAAACAAGCUAUGGAAGAGCCUUACUUAGACCAUAGAAUCUAGGAUUGGAAAAGACCUCGGAGGUCUUCUGGUCCAACCCUCUGCUCAAGGCAUGAGACCUUAUACCAUCUCACUCAAACGGUUGUCCAGUCAAUGUUUGAAAACCUCCAGUGACGGAGCACCCACUCCUCCAGGAAGCAAGCUAUUCCAUUGAUUAAUUGUUCUCACUGUCAGAAAAUGCUCAGAAUAAUGGUGCCUGCAGCCUGCUGACCCUGUCAGGCAUCUUUCCAGGCAGGGGGUACCUAACCAUAAAACUUCCUCAAUAGUGUAACCCCUUCGACAACUUUGCCACAAGAACUCACGCACAGAUGCAGACUUCAUAGAUUACCAACAAGCAUGUAAGCCAGAAGAGAAUCAGUUCAUAAGAGUGAUUCAGCAAAGGGGCAUGAGUGAGAAAGGGAAAGGUCCUAUCAAUCCAGAUAAUUCUGUUUUAGAGUCAAGUGUCGACUUUCCUGUGUGUGCUGGUGGCGGUUUUGGAAUGAAAACGCAAUGACAAAUAGCUGUUUUCAGCACCUAUGACUAAUGUGGUGAGAAGACAUUUAUGCUUUGGAAAGGUGAGCUGGUUGGGUUUGCUGGAAUAGGUAGCUUUAUAUUGCCUUUGUGCAGUUUGGCUUGGAGUCAGAAUUUACAGGAGUUAGUGCUCAAAGAUGCCAGCAUAAGUAUAUGAAGGAUGGGCAUGUAUGUUUUUAUAAGAAUCCAAGACCUUGGAUCUCAUUUCUUUCUUUUGCUCCAUCAGCCAAGCUAAUCAGAUUAUUUCUACGUCUCCCACUCUUGGUGCAAGGUUCUGUUGAGAUAAUUAAUACAGGAGUUUUUAAUGCAGAAUAGCAUUAGAGGAGGGGAUGUGCUCUGCAUGAAAAUUGAGGGCCGCCAUUCAUUUAUUUAAAGAGCCCACAGACACUCCAGAUAGACUUAGCAAAAUUUUUGCCAAAUGUGGAGGACCAGCCUAUUCAAAACGUUUGGCCAUUUCACUUAAAAAGCCCAAAGCCUCCAAUUUUCAGGCAACAGGAUGCAGACAAGUACAUGUGCAAAAGUUUAAAAAACAAUGCAGACUUGUUAAUGUGCCUUUGUAUCCUUUAUGACAGGGGUCAGCAACCUGUGGCUCUGGAGCCGCAUGCGUUUCAUCCCUCUGUCACCGGCCAGCUCCACAAUUGAUCGGGCUUUCGGUUAGGACAGGUAGAGGGCUCUAUGGUGGGGGGAACCGGACUUCCG